AAACCCUAAGCCUCGUGUUGCUGAUUUCGUGCUCACCGCUGGAAGCGAACCAAAGAGGUAAACAACCAGCAGCUCAGCAACCAAAGAGCAGUCUUUUGACCAUCCGACAUGGGUAAGGUUCACGGAUCUUUAGCUCGUGCCGGUAAGGUUAGAGGCCAAACUCCUAAAGUGGCAAAGCAAGACAAGAAGAAGAAGCCCCGCGGCCGCGCUUACAAGAGGAUGCAGUACAACCGCCGUUUUGUUACCGCAGUGGUUGGAUUUGGCAAAAAGAGGGGACCUAACUCAUCUGAGAAGUAAGAGCUAUGUAGUUGGUUGAAGCUUUGAUGGAUUAAGUCUUUAAUUUUCUUUUUGUAAUGUUUUAUGAUACUUAUAUUUAGCUACUGGUAUCAAGGAUUGAGUUGAACUUUAAUUUUGUUUUAGGGAUGAUGUGAUUUUGUUAUCAAUUAUCUUACUUUUUGGUUUAUCAUGGUUUUCGUUUCUGCUUCGUCCUUGCUAAAUUAAUGUCAUUUCAUUGUUGAAAGUACAUCUUUGUAGUCAUGAGGAGAGAAAGGAUUGAAAAUAUUACUAUUAGAUAACGUUAAAAUAACAUAAUGAAUGAGUCAUUGUGGUU